AUGGCCUCGCUUCUUGAGGAACAGAUAAAGCUGGAACAGAGUCAGAGGAUGCGGUUCCAGAGUGAACUCCAGGUCGAGCUGGCGAGGCAUCGGAAUGCUAUCUUGGAGAAGCAGGAACUGGCGGCUUUGAAGCUGAGGGGCCAGUUGGAGUUUGAACGUGAGCAGAAGGGAAGGAGGGCUGAGGAGGAAGAGGAGGAGGUACGGCGGCAGUCUCUUCAGCUUACCGCUACUGCUCCCACCACCGCUGUCGAGUCAAUUGAAGAGGCAGCAGGAGUUAGAGAGGCGUCAGUUCAAGACCAGGAAGCCGACAACAAGCAACUGAAAAACUCAACAACGACCCAAGCUCCAUAUACCACUGUGGCGGCCGGUAUCAUUGAUCCACGGUAUAGGACCAUGUUCGGAUACAGAGGUCCAGAGCACUCCAAGUCAACACCUGAAGAGUUGGCCGAGCUAGAGCAGGAACGCCGCAACACCUUGACCGCCACCCUCACCCCUCCCUCGUCGUCGUCGUCGUCAGUCAAAGACACUGCUACUAGGAUCCCGGCAGAGAACAGGGUGCGUCUGGCUAUGAUGGAUUUUACCCCCUCGCAAAUUGAAGGAAUGACGCUAGAGCAGGCUAGUGCUAUUCUCCACCUUCGCUCCGCCCAACCACAGGAACAACAAUCGUCGUCGUCCUUGAAGCACACGGACACAACAACAGAUACUGACACAAACACAUGUGCACAAACUAAUGGCACAAAAACAGCAACAGCGACAGUGGAAGAUAUGAUUAAUAAUGAGGAGGAGGAGGAGAACAGACGAACGCCCCGUUUUGCACCUGACAUUAUGUCGUCCGUCUCCCUUCACAACUAG